UUUUUUUUUUGUGUGUGUCCGAUGAUGGUGACGGUGGUGCUUGGCCGAUGAGGAGCGGCAGUAAAGUGCCGCAGCCGACGACUCUAGGUCGACCGGUGACAGCGGCAGUGGAGGUUCAAGUCGGUCAACAAAGGCAAACCAGUCAACACGUCAGGUUGACUGGUCAACGCUGCUCAACGGGGGCCUCGGGUUCGGUCAAUAUUAAUCGACAGAAGAUUGGGUUCGGUUCAAGCUUGGCUCGGUCAGUUAGUCAAACUCGGUUUCGCGGUCAAACUGAGUCGACUCGGUCAAACCGAGUCAACUCAGUCAACGGCAGUCAACGCCCGGUCAACAACAGUCAACGGUAUUGUUCGGGUUCAGAUUUUGGUUUGGGUUCGGGUAUGGUGCAACUCGGUCAGAUUCAAGUGCGGGUUUCGGGUCAACAAGUCAACAUUGGUCGAACUGGUCAAAGAUGGUCAACUGUCGGGUCAAACUCAGUCAACGCAAGACCCGGUAAAGUUUAACAACGCGUUGAACUUUCUUAUACAUACGUUGGUAUAGAUUUUAGUCAGUUUACGUGAACCGAGCUCGAUCCGAUUAAAUAACGUUUAUACAUUAGUUAUUAUUUACGUUUUGGCGCUUGACGAGAAUUACC